UAUCACUGUUCAUCACUGUUAUGUUUUCUAGUUCAUUGUCAGUUUAUUUAGAUUCGUAAAGGCUUUUAGCUAUAUUAAACCAUUUUGGACAUUAAAUAAUAUAACAUUCCAACAAAAUUGAAAGUGAAACGAAACAAUGGCAAGCUGUAUCAAAGGAGAUGAGGACAAUAUGAAGAAUCUGACCACGGUCACUUGGGCACAUGCUGUCAAUAAUAAGACAUAUCUCGAAGCCACUUUAGCAAGUGAGGUAUCCAUGCUGGAAGCGGACAUAGUUCUCGGCCACGUGAUUGGUAAAGACGGUCCACCAAUACCCAUCAUGGCGCACCCACCCGCUACCACCUCAGACCUAACUCUCGCUGACUUCCUGAGUGCAGUAUCACAAUAUAAUAACGUGAACUCCAAACAAAAGGGCGUGAAAUUGGACUUCAAAAGCAUCGAGGCGUUUGAAAAGGCCCAAGACCAUAUCGCGCCGUUUGCUAAGCCUGAGUUCACGUUCCCCCUAUGGCUGAACGCGGACAUCCUCCCCGGGCCAGUAGAAGCGACAACCAAGCCGGUGGAUCCAGUCAAGUUCCUCACGCUAGGCUCGAAGCACAGUCGAGCUGUGCUGUCCGUUGGCUGGACCACAUUGUACGGAGGGAACAUCACUGAAGGCGAAUACAGCAGAGACCAGAUCGGCUCCAUGCUGCGGCUCUUGAAUGAGAAUCACGUCAAUCAGACCGUGACGUUCCCGGUGCGAGCUGGUCUCGCGUCCAACAGCCAGCCGGUAAUCCUGGAUCUCCUGCGGGAGACAGGAUCUCUGAACUCCUCCAUCACCGUAUGGUCGAGUGAAGGGGAUCCCGUGGAGGUAGACCGUCUCCGGGCGCUCCUGCUGACCGUGGGUCUGGAGAGAACGUACCUGGACGUUCCGCACGAACUAGCUGCCAGGCUGCGUCUCCCACCCCCAGACAAUAAAGCGAAGAACUAAAUAUUAUGUGAUAUUAUUGUUCUGUUUGUUUCAUUUUUUAUUGGCAAGUACAGUAUUUGGAAUUAAAGUUUAAUGCGUAA